GUCACUAGAGGGCGCUGCGGCGGGCGCCCUGGCUGCACGGCCGCCGCCGCCGCCGCCGGUUGGGAGGGAAGCUGCGAGCCAGGCCAGGCCCCGCCGCCGGCACCCCGAGCCGCCGCGUCCCGCAGUCGGCCUGCGCCGUGCCCUCAGGUUGCUCUUUUAGAAAGCGGAUGUGUGGGAUAACAUGUCCAGUGUGUCCGAGGAGAGACGAAAAAGGCAGCAAAACAUUAAGGAAGGCCUGCAGUUCAUACAGUCACCGCUGUCGUACCCAGGGACCCAGGAGCAAUAUGCGGUAUAUUUACAUGCUCUUGUGAGAAAUCUUUUUAAUGAAGGAAAUGAUGUUUAUCGGGAGCGUGAUUGGAAAAGCUCAAUAAGCCAGUACACAGAGGCUUUGAAUAUAGCUGAUUAUGCAAAGUCUGAAGACAUUUUAAUCCCUAAAGAAAUCAUUGAAAAACUUCGUAUAAAUCGUAUUGCUUCCUAUUCUAAUAUGGGUUUCCACGAUCAAGUGUUAGAAGACUGUGAUGCAGUCCUCAGUCUAAAUUCUGGUAACUGCAAAGCUCUGUAUCGGAAAUCCAAGGCCCUGAGUGAUUUGGGACGAUACAGAGAAGCUUACGACGCUGUAGCAAAGUGCUCCCUAGCGGUGCCGAAGGAUGAACAUGUAAUAAAACUAACUCAAGAGCUGGCCCAGAAAUUGGGAUUUAAAAUAAGAAAAGCAUAUGUUAGAGCUGAGGACUCAUUAAAAUCAGUUCCUGGGGAUGAGGCUACCAAGACCGUGAAUUAUUCUGUGGAAGAUAUUGAACCAGAUUUGUCAACUCCAAGGCAAGAAGAAGUUCCCUGUGUCUCUUUGCCUGCAUCCAGUUUUUCUCAUGAAGUUGGAAGUGAGCUGGCCUCAGUUCCUAUCGUGCCCCUAGCUUCUCUUUUGCCGCUGCAAGUGGAAGAGAGUGCCCUGCCAUCCGCAGCGCUGGCCAACGGAGGGAAGGUCCCCUUCCUUGGGCAGGAAGUCAUUUUAGAUGAUGGAGACAUCCUUGGAGAAGAGAUUGACGACCUGCUUGACUCUGCCCCUGAAGCCAGUGAGAGUGUUACGUCACCACCUCUGUUGAGAGGAACCCUGGCGACAACCAGCGUCAGCCCUAGCUUGCCCUUUUCGGCAUCUCUGUUAGGAACCUUACCCAUUGGGGCGAGCUACGCUCCUCCACCCUCCUUUUCAGAACUGUAUCCGCCUUUGACUUCAUCCCUAGAAGAUUUCUGUUCUUCUUUAAAUUCAUUUUCAGUGGGUGAAUCCAAAAGAGAUCUGUCCACCUCAACUUCUAGAGAGGGAACAACGCUUAACAACAGUAAUUCUUCCUUUUUAUUUAUGAAUGCACCAGGAAUUUUCUAUGCUCCAGAGAGUUUCCUGGGAAUUUCAACUCAGCCUAGAAAUGACUUUGGAAAUUUCUUUGGAAGUGCGAUUACUAAACCCUCAUCAUCAGUGACUCCAAAACAUCCCCUUGAAGGAAGCCAUGACCUGAGACCAGCUUGCCAGAUCUGUUUUGUAAAAUCAGGCCCUAAGUUAAUGGAUUUCACUUACCAUGCUAAUAUAGAUCAUAAAUGUAAAAAGGACAUUUUAAUUGGUAGAAUAAAGAAUGUUGAAGAUAAAUCAUGGAAAAAAAUACGUCCAAGGCCAACAAAAACAAAUUAUGAAGGACCAUAUUAUAUAUGCAAAGACGUUGCGGCCGAGGAAGAGUGUCGGUACUCGGGCCACUGCACGUUCGCCUACUGCCAGGAGGAAAUAGAUGUGUGGACGCUGGAACGCAAAGGGGCCUUCAGUCGCGAGGCUUUUUUUGGUGGCAACGGGAAGGUCAACCUGACUGUGUUCAAACUACUCCAAGAACAUCUCGGAGAGUUUAUGUUCCUUUGUGAGAAAUGUUUUGAUCAUAAACCUAGAAUGAUAAGUAAAAUAAAUAAAGAUAAUUCUACUUCCUGUUCUCAUCCUGUUACAAAGCAUGAGUUUGAAGACAAUAAGUGCCUUGUCCACAUUUUGCGAGAGACAACAGUAAAAUACUCGAAAAUACGUUCUUUUCAUAGUCAAUGUCAACUUGAUUUGUGUAGACAUGAAGUUCGAUAUGGUUGUUUAAGGGAAGAUGAAUGCUUUUAUGCUCACAGUCUGGUGGAGUUAAAAGUCUGGAUAAUGCAAAGUGAAACAGGAAUCUCACAUGAUGCCAUUGUUCAAGAAUCUAAGCGUUAUUGGCAAAGUUUAGAAGCAAAUGUUCCUGAGGCUCAGGUACUUGGCACUCAAGGAAUGCCUGGAUCUCUUAAUAUGAAGAUAAAAUUUGUAUGUGCUGAAUGUCUGAGAAAUGGCCAAGUCACUGAACCAGAUAAAAACAGAAAAUAUUGUAGUGCAAAAGCAAGACAUUCGUGGACCAAAGAUCGUCGAGCGAUGAGAGUGAUGUCUAUUGAAACUAAGAAGUGGAGGAACAUCCGUCCUCUCCCCACAAAGAAACAAAUGCCUGUACAGUUUGAUCUAUGCAACCACAUUGCUUCUGGGAGGAAAUGUCAGUACGUUGGCAACUGCUCCUUUGCUCACAGCCCCGAGGAACGAAAAGUGUGGACCUACAUGAGGGAGAAUGGCAUACAAGAUAUGGAGCAAUUUUAUGAACUGUGGCUAAAGAGUCAGAAAAAUGAAAAAAGUGAUGAUGUAACCAGUCAGACCAACAAGGAAAAUGGAAAGCAGAUUCACAUGCCAACAGACUACGCCGAAGUGACCGUGGACUUCCACUGCUGGAUGUGCGGGAAGAACUGCAAUAGUGAGAAGCAGUGGCAAGGCCACAUCUCCUCAGAGAAGCACAAAGAGAAGGUUUUCCACACUGAGGAUGACCAGUACUGCUGGCAGCACCGUUUUCCAACAGGAUAUUUUAGUAUUUGUGAGAGGUACAUGAAUGGUACCUGCACAGAAGGAACCAACUGUAAAUUUGCACACGGAAAUGCUGAACUUCAUGAGUGGGAGGAAAGAAGAAAAGCCCUAAAGAUGAAGCUCAACAAAGCACGAAAAGAUCACUUAAUUGCCCCAAGUGAUAAUGACUUUGGAAAAUAUAGUUUUUUGUUUAAAGAUUUAAACUAAUAUGCUGGCUUUUAUAUAUGUAGCUUAAUCAGAGCAUUGACCAGAAAAAUUGCAAGUGUUGUAAGGCACAUAGCAGAGAGGCUGCAGACUUUCUGCUUGAAUUGGCAUUUAUCUUGAGCAGCAACCACAGUAGAUAGGAACAUGGGCUGUUUAACGGGUCUGGCCCAGCUCUCAUGGAACCACUGACAUCAGAUGGCACAGGAACUGCUGCCCAGCUGCUGUCUGUUGAGCAGCGUUUUGGAGGAAGAGUUGGGGAGGAGGAGAUGAUGUCUAGGGUGAUUGUGAGAGGGUCCUUCGGUGCAGAACUGUGGUGAUGAGGAUAUACAGUGAACUGGGAUCGGAGUCCCCGCAGGAUGAAAUCCUUCACGACUUAGCAGAACCGAUGUGUGUAAUAUAAUAAUGUUCGCUACUUAUCUAUAUGUAGGUUGCUAAAAAGGAUUUUCUUAACUCAGACUUUAAGCCAAAUAACCAUUUAACACCAGUAUCGGUUAAAUGGGGUAUUUUUCUGUAUUUGUAUCUUUCAUUAUAAUAAGGGAACUGAGGAUCAUGUGCAGUGAGACUAUUUUGAAAAAUAAUAGUUGACUCAAAUUUUAUUUCUUGGUCUUUUGCUGUUUAAAAUGAUGAUUUCAGAGAUUAAACUUGUACUGUUGGUAUUGUGUAGUGUAUGGACCAAUAUUGCCUGUAAUAAAAGAUUUUAUAUAUGAAUCUCUU